UGUCAAGAUGAUUUGCCUAGUUCGGAAUAUCCUGGGUCCGUCAAUGGUCAGGCCAUCUUCCUGAGUGUCUCUACAGAGAGCCUGAGCAAGAAGUAGAUGCCGGGCAAUGGCCUGUUGGAAAUGCUGGGCCUGCCUGGGAGCAUCAAGUCUGAGCUACUCCAACUCGAAAGCAUCAUUUUGAGGAAUCUCGAAAUGAGGCACAAGUCAUCUUGCCGUCUGAUUUACGUUUUAUUUGCAUUUUCCUGUAUCCAAAUUUCUUUCUCUUUGUAUCGUUUAUGCGUGUUAUAUAAGCUUAGUGCUAGUAUCUACCGAGUAUUAUUGUGAGGUGGUGUUGCCGAGCUAACUCAUCCUGGUGUUGGAUCUUAUAGCUCCAGAUAUGAUCUCCAGGGCUACCUUAGCUGCAUGACU